AUGCAGAAGCUUGAACUUGUGUUGCUGCUAUUUUUAGCAACAUGCCAUGCCACUUUUUCUUUACGUGAUGGUUUGCUUCCCAAUGGCAACUUUGAGCUCGGCCCUGAACCAUCACAAAUGAAGGGAACAGAAGUUAUAGCAAGCAACGCCAUACCCAAAUGGACAAUUUCUGGGUUCGUUGAAUACAUAAAAGCAGGACAGAAACAAGGCGACAUGAUGCUUCUUGUGCCUGAGGGAGCCACGGCUGUGAGGCUAGGGAAUGAAGCUUCCAUUAAACAGAAGUUGAAGCUUGUGAAGGGAAUGUACUACUCCAUAACGUUCAGUGCAGGUCGGACAUGUGCACAAGACGAGAAGAUCAAUGUGUCUGUGACUCCCACAAAUGACAAGAAUGAUUGGGGCGUGUUUCCCAUCCAGACAGUUUAUAGCAGCAAGGGAUGGGAUUCUUACGCUUGUGGGUUCAGAGCAGAUUACCCAGAAGUGGAGAUUGUGAUCCAUAAUCCUGGUUUGGAAGAACAUCCUGCCUGUGGACCCAUCAUUGACUCCGUUGCCAUCAAGUCCUUGUACCCACCUAGAAGAACAAAUGUAAAUAUGCUGAAAAAUGGAGACUUUGAAGAAGGACCAUAUGUGUUGCCAAAGACGGAUGGUGGGGUUCUGCUUCCUCCCAACAUUGAGGAUGCUCACAGUCCAUUACCGGGAUGGAUGAUAGAGUCUCUCAAGUCUGUGAAGUACAUAGACUCUGAUCAUUUCUUCGUGCCUAAAGGCAAAAGAGCCAUUGAACUUGUUGCAGGCAGAGAGGGUGCCAUUGCACAAAUUGUCAGAACUCAAAUUGGAAAGACUUAUGAUCUGUCAUUUGCUGUGGGAGAUGCAAAUAACGCUUGUGAAGGUUCCAUGACUGUGGAGGCAUUUGCAGGCAAAGAAACUGUGAAGGUUUCUUAUGUAUCUAAGGGCAAAGGAGGGUUCAUAACAGGGAAGCUUCGAUUCAAGGCUGUAUCGUCUCGCACUCGCAUCACCUUCUUUAGCACGUUUUACAGCAUGAAGACCGAUGGCACACUCUGUGGACCUGUUCUUGAUGAUGUCAAAUUGCUGAGUGUUCGUUAUCUUAGACACCCUUGAUUGGAUUCACUGUGAAUUUUAAGCU